UGUACUUAAGCACUCUACUCCCCCCUCCUCUCGUCUCGAUUUAUACGAGCUUAGGCAUCCUCUCGACUGACCUCGAAGUCUUCGUCCCUUUACGUACCUACUCUCUCCCUAAAUUCUCCUUUUCCCUGUCUAGAACCUUGUCAACCCAUCAUCAAAAUCCUGUGGCCCACCAGCUCCCACAUCACAAAGAGCCACUCAACUAGCAGACCAUGGAAGCUAUGACGAGAGUUGCAGAUGGCCCCGGUGCCAGUGAUACCGAUGGUCUCGAAGACAAAAGAGCCGCAAUGGUGGCCUGGCAAGAAGCCGCCAUUGCCGCUCUGGGCCCAGUGCCAGACGAGGUUCAAGAAUACUGGACGACGAUCAUCACCGAAGAUGGGUUCGAGUCGAAGACCCUGGUGAUUCGGCCGAAGCCUACCAUCCAUAACCACGCCGAUGUCCCCGAAGAUAGCGACCCGGCGCCGCGCCGGCCCCUCAUCGUCCUUUUCCACGGCGGCGGCUUCGCGCUCGGGACGCCCGCCAUGAUGACCCGACCGGGCCGCGAGCUGGCCGAGCGCCUGGGCGCCGUCGUCGUGGCGCCCACCUACCGCCGCGUCCCCGAGCACGCGUGGCCCGGCCCGUCGCGCAGCGCCUGGGCCGUACUCGCCUGGCUGGCCGAGCACGCGGAGCGCGAGCUCGGCGCCAGCCUCGAUCGCGGCUUCGUCGUGGGCGGCUUUAGCGCCGGCGCUAGCCUCGCUACCAUCUGCGCGGGCGUCUCGCUCCUGCCCGCCGACCACGACCUGCUCACCUCCGACGGCGGCUUCAACAACAGGCUGGCGCGCCCCAUCACGGGCGUGUUUGCGAACUGUCCCAUGCUGCUCACCGAGGACAUCGUGCCGGCCGAGCACAGGGGCCUCUGGAGGUCCCGGGUCGAGAACAGGGACGCGCAGGGGCUGGACAGCGAGGGCGUCGAGCUGAUCUGGCGCGUCAUGAAUCCGGACUUCUACUCGCCGUGGACCUCGCCGUUUAGCGGGUGGCUCAGGCCCGACGGCGGCUCCGGAGACGAGGCUGUCCCGGUCGGGAUCCCCCAUUACAUACAAGUGGGGAGGCUGGACUGCCUGCGAGAUGACGGCGUCGUCCUGUACGAGGCCCUCACCUCGCGUGGUGUGACGACGCGCAUCGAUAUAUUUGAGAAAGACGGCCACACUGGGUGGUGUGCUCUCCCCUUCGAGUCUCAUAGCAAGAACCCGACGGUCGAGGAGGCUACCAUGGCGGGGUUUUCUUGGCUUCUUGAGAAUGUCUGAGCCUUUUUUUGUUUGAUGAGUGUGUCUCCGGUAGUCUUUGAUGGUAUGUAUAGUCUAUCCGCGAUGGAAUUGAAGCCCUUCUAUAAGACGUAUCCUGUCCG